AUGCCUCACCAAACUUCAACACCAGCGAAGGGAGUACCAGAACCAAUCGCAAUUAUUGGUAGCGGUUGCAGAUUUCCUGGCGGCGCCUCUUCUCCCUCCAAACUAUGGGAUCUCCUACGUGAGCCGCGUGACGUACUGAACGAGAUCCCUCCCUCUCGAUUCGACACUAAAGGCUUCUAUCACCCAAACUCGAACUUCCCAGGUCACGCAAACGUCAGACAUUCGUAUCUCCUUGAGGAGAAUGUCGCGGAUUUUGAUGCUCAGUUCUUUGGCUUUAAACAGGCGGAAGCCUCAGCUAUGGACCCGCAACAGCGGAUUCUGCUUGAGGUCGUGUAUGAGGCCCUUGAGGCAUCAGGUUUAACGAUUCAAGGUCUGAAAGGCUCUCAGACCGGUGUCUACUGUGGAAUGAUGUACGGUGACUACGAAUCCCUCCAAUAUCGGGAUCUACAGAGUGUACCUACAUAUCAUGGACUCGGAAUUGCGAGAAGUAUUGUGUCAAACAGAGUCUCAUACUUUUUCGAUUGGCAUGGUCCGUCGUGGACUGUGGACACUGCGUGCUCCUCUAGUCUGGUCGCUCUGCACUCAGCAGUACAGGCGCUGAGAUCUGGAGAGGUGCCCAUGGCUGUUGCGGCCGGUACCAAUCUUUUACUGGGCCCAGAGCCUUACAUUUACGAAAGUAAUCUGCAGAUGCUGUCACCUGAUGGCCGGUCUCGUAUGUGGGAUCAGGAUGCUAACGGGUACGCUCGCGGUGACGGUGUUGCCUGCAUAGUCGUCAAGACGCUGAGCCAAGCGUUGGCAGAUGGUGAUCACAUCGAGGCUAUCAUACGUGAGACGGGCGUUAACAGUGAUGGGCGCAGUCCAGGCAUUACAAUGCCAACGAUGAAGGCGCAAGUCGCACUCAUCAAAGAAACGUAUGCCCGAGCCGGGCUUGACAUAACUUCCGCGAAGGACAGAUGUCAAUUCUUCGAGGCCCACGGUACUGGAACUCCUGCAGGGGACCCUAUCGAAGCCGAAGCUGUCCACACAGCAUUCUUCGGCCAUCUACCUGUGUUAAAAGACAACGAAACGACAGAAGACCAGAAAGAGAGCCUCCUAGUAGGAUCGAUCAAAACUGUGAUCGGGCACACCGAGAGUACAGCUGGAAUUGCUGGUAUCCUUAAAGCGGUACAAGCCAUUAAGCAUGGCUAUGUGCCCCCGAAUAUGCAUUUCAAGAAUUUGAGCUCCCGGGUAGCUCCGUUCUACAAUAACCUUCAGAUCCCUACCGAAUUAACUCCUUGGCCGCAGCUGGAAGAAGGUCUGCCGCGCAGAGUAUCAGUCAACUCUUUUGGGUUUGGAGGGACUAACGCUCAUGUCAUUCUCGAAAGCUUCGAUCGUAGUGCGGUUGCUAUCCAGAAGCGCCCAUUGUUCUCGCCCUUUGUGUUCUCAGCACAGUCAAAGCAGGCACUUGCUGGAAACUUUUCAUCUUAUAUGAAUUAUCUCGACCAACAUCCUGAUGUAGACGCGUCAGACCUAGCUUGGAUGCUCCGUUCCAGACGAUCACACUUACCUCUACGAGUGUCCUUCCCAGCCUCAUCGACAGCGCAGUUACAGGCCACUCUAGAGAAACUGACGGCGAACUUUCAGCUGGAACCCAAGACAACACCUGUUAAUCGCCAGACAAAACUCCUCGGUAUAUUUACUGGUCAAGGUGCUCAAUGGCCGCGUAUGGGAGCGCAGUUGAUCGAACAGUCUCAACACGCUUCCAACAUCCUCGCUGAGCUUGAUCAGGCACUUGCGGAGCUUCCCUUGCACCGCCCUACGUGGACAUUGCGCGAAGAGAUCCUCGCCGAUGCCGCAUCAAGCAACGUCAUGAAAGCUAGCGUUUCGCAGCCUCUUUGCAAUGCAGUUCAAAUUCUCCUUGUCGAUCUGCUCAAACUCGCUGGGAUCGAGUUCUCUGUCAUAGUGGGACACUCUGGAGGAGAGAUCGCUUGCGCCUACGCCGCUGGAAAACUCUCAGCGCGCGACGCCAUUCGCAUCGCCUACUAUCGCGGCCUUCACUCCAAUCUCGCAUGUGGCCAAAAUGGUGUCCAGGGUGCUAUGAUUGCGGUGGGUACAACUCUUGAGGAUGCAGAGGAGCUUUGCAGUGAUGAAGUUUUCGAAGGAAGAAUUAAACUAGCCGCUUGCAAUUCUCCGUCGAGCAUGACCCUCUCUGGUGAUGAGGAUGCCAUUGACGAAGCUAUUGAAGUUCUGAAAGACGAAAAGAAAUUUGUGCGGAAGCUUCGAGUGGACAAAGGCUAUCAUUCGCACCACAUGAUCCCAUGUGCAGAAGAGUAUCUGAAGUCAAUGAAGAGUAUCUCCAUUGACCAGACUCGCAAUACCAAUGCAGGUUGCACAUGGGUGUCAAGUGUGUUCCCCGACCAGCCUUGGGAGGAGAUGGGUAAGAUCGACAAUCAAUAUUGGGUGGACAAUCUUCUGUCUCCAGUUUUGUUUAAGCAGGCUAUCGAGCGAGCGGCAUCUUUGGGACCAUUCGAUGCUGCUAUCGAAAUCGGUCCCCACCCAUCUCUGAAAGGCCCUGUACGAGAAACGUUACAGGAUUUGAAGGUUGAAAUAGCAUAUACUGGUACGCUUAAGCGAGGCGAGAGUGACAUUGCUAGCACGUCCGAAACUCUUGGUUACCUCUGGACCCAGCUGGAUCAUCUGGACAUUGAUUUCGACCGAUACGAGAGCACUUUGACUGGGGGAACAUCGCACGACUUUCUUUCAGACUUACCCCUAUACCAGUGGAAUCACACCCAGUCUUACUGGCACGAGUCCAACCAGUCCAAGAACCUACGCCGACGAAGUGAGCCCGUUCAUCCGCUCUUGGGUGAUCUCCUACAGAACAGCACCGCAAACAACCUCACGUGGAAGAAUUUUCUCCGGCCACAAGAUCUGCCAUGGAUCCAUGAGCAUCAGAUCCAAGGGCAAAGCGUGUUCCCUGCCGCCGGAUAUGCUUCUACAGCUAUCGACUCGGCCAGAUAUGUCGUACCUAACCAAUCUAUCAAGGUGAUCGAAUUGGAGGGUCUGACUAUCCAUCAAGCCAUGGUUUUCGAUUCGAAGAACGAAGAGAGUGGCAUCGAAGUCCAGUUCACGGUCUUCAACAUUGAUCGAGAAUCGCAAGACCUUGUCACUGCUCGUUUUACAUAUGAGUGCUACGACUCAGCUGGUUCUACUGAGUUGGUAGCCAGUGGAAAGCUUAUCAUUGUCGUUGGUGAGGACAAUGCCGUAGCUCUACCAGCCGACAACCCCUUCGAAGCCCACAUGCUUGAUGUUUCGACUCCCACAUUCUACAAGUCUUUGAAGGAUGUCGGUUACGAUUACACAGGCACCUUUCAAGCAUUGGACAAUUUGAAGAGAAAGCUCGGGAAAGCCUCUGGAUCCUUAGCUAUUGCUACUACUCAGUACGAGGGUGGAGCAAUCACAAUUCACCCGGGUGUCCUUGAUGCCUCGUUCCACUCAAUCUUGCUAGCAUACAGCUAUCCUGGGGAUGGCCAGCUAUGGUCACUGCAUCUUCCCACAAGCAUUCGCAGAAUCCGAGUCGAUGUAUCAGUUUGCGAAAAUGCCUUAGCGAAAGCAAGUCAGGUCUCGUUCGUUGCCACGAUCCCUGAUGUAUCGACGCUGAACCGUGCAUCAGGCUUUGGGGGAGAUGUUGAGAUACACAGUCCAACUGGAGAUCAUUCUGCUAUUCAAGUGGAGGGUCUCCGCGUUGUCCCCAUGGCUGAAGCUACAUCCGCAGAUGACAAGAAGUUGUUCUACUCCACUAAAUGGGUUGAAGCUUCACCAACGGCGGAGAUUAGCCACGAAGUCUUCCAGGCAUCUGACUACGAGAUGGAGCUGGCUGAGGUUCUCGAGCGGGGUCAUUAUUUCUAUCUUCGCCAGCUUGAACACCAAAUCCCAUCAGACCAUCCGGGGCGCACUGAUGAGUUCAAUGCUGCUUACCUGAACUGGGCAACUCACACUCACAAACUUGUCAGCGAGGAUCGUCAUCCAUAUGGGAAGCGUGAUUGGAUCAACGACAAUGAGGAUCAAAUCAACGCUCUUGCUGCACCGUUCUCGGACCGUCCGGAGAUCAAGGCGAUGAAGGUCGUCGGCGAGCAAAUGCCUCGUGCUAUUCGUGGCGAGACCUCUAUGCUUGAGCAUCUUAUACCAAACAUUCUGACCGAUUACUACACUAGAGCACUAGGUUUAUCCCAAGUCUCAGUGCUGGCGGAAACUGUUCAGCAGAUCGUGCGGAGAUAUCCACAGGCCAAAAUCUUGGAAGUCGGAGCUGGUACUGGAGGCGCAACACGCCAGGUCUUGAAGCACAUCGGCAAUACGAAUGGUGAUGAGCUUGCGCAAUGGACGUAUACGUACACAGAUGUGUCUGCCGGUUUCUUCGAAGAUGCCCAGGAAGAGUUCCACCUCUUUCUCGAUCAGAUGUCAUUCCGUGUCUUUGAUCUUGAGAGGGACGCCGCUACUCAAGGCUUCGAAACAGGAUCCUACGAUAUCGUCGUGGCCUCCUUGGUGUUACACACAACGAAGAGUCUUGAGGAAACAUGCCGACGCGUUCGUUCUCUACUCAAACCUGGUGGAUUCCUUGUCUUUUAUGAGAUCACCAACACAGAUCUUAUCAGACAUACUGGUCUCUUUGGUUGCUUGCCCGGCUGGUGGGCUGGUCUUGCAGAGGGCCGCACUUUGAUCCCGGCUGUGGAUGAGUCUGAAUGGGACUCAGUCUUGCGCAAGACCGGAUUCUCUGGAGUGGAUACAAUGAGCCCGCUUCUGAGCCAGAAGGCAUUCUGUAAUUCAGUCUUGGUUUCUCAGGCUAUUGACCAUCAAGUCGAAGCGCUUAGAGAGCCUCUAAUGGCACAGCCAUCCCUGCACGAUGAGAAAUUGGCACUUGCCAAUCUUUACAUCGUCGGAGGCUCGACCCUUCGAACAUCUCGGCUGAUCGAGGAGAUUCAGAGAUCAAUUCACUCGUUCUGCAACCAAAUCACCAAAGUGAAGACCUUGGACAGCAUGAAGAACUACGAAGUGGUAAAAGAGGACACUGUGCUUGUACUGCAGGAUCUUGACCAGCCUGUCUUCAAAGACAUCACAACCGGUACGUUCGAUGCCGUGAAAGACUUGUUCGGGUCUGAGAAGAACAUUGUCUGGGUCACACAGAAUCGUCUGACAGACAAUCCCUACUCAAAUAUCCCCGCUGGAUUCGCUCGUCCCUCAGUAUGGGAGACUCCAGAGCUCCGUUAUCAGUUCAUCGACUUCCAAAAUGUUCAGAAGAUCAAUGCCCGGGUACUGACCGAAGCUGUCCUUCGCUUCCAGACUCUAGGCUCCGUGCAUGAGCCUUCUUUGAAGAACGUGUUAUGGUCGGUGGAAACUGAGAUUAUCAUUGAUGAUCAAGGUCGCGAAUGGAUCCCACGGUUACAAGCAGCGGAACGUGCUAACAAGCGCUACAACUCCGCUCUUCGACCGACUAGCCAUGUUGUCCGACCCCAGAAUCAGUCCGUUGCAAUCGCUUAUAUUGACAACACAUACAAGCUUGUUGAGGCUCCAGCCAAACCUGCCUCUGGAAAGAGCGAAUCGAUAGUCUCACUUCAAGUCAGUCACUCGAGCCUUCACGCUAUCAGGACCGAAGCCGGGAACGCUUUCGUCGUCAUUGGUACCUUAACAACCUCGCCUGGGAAGUUCAUUGCUUUGAGCACGGUUCAAGCAUCUGUUGUCCAUGUCCAAAAAGAUACCCUAGUACCCAUUACUGAUAACAUCAUGGACGAAGCGCUGCUCACUCAACAUGUUGCUGCACAACUUCUCCAAGCACAAUUGAUCGGCUCUCUUGAAAAAGGGGAAAUAGUUCUGGUUCAUAAUGCGACAACACUGCUUGUGUCGCUGUUGCGUAGUCACGCCGAUCGAGCUGGGGCGAAGGUGUUCUUUACUACGACAUCACCGGAGCUUGCAAAGUCAAAAGGAUAUGUGUACUUGGACAAAUACCUACGCCAGUCGCAGAUCAAGUCCCUGCUUCCUAGUGAAGUCACUCGCUUCAUAGAUUUCGACACCCUUGAAGGCACUAACAGUCACUCGUCUUCUAUAUUGACAUGGAUUCCUCGUCAGAUACAGCCCGUUCGCGUCACUGAUUACCUUAAAGACGAGGGAUCUCCAAUAUUGGCGGAUGAUCACACCUUGAAUAUUCUGUCACAGGCUGUAGAGGACGCUGAACGUAGCAUGGCUCUGUUCAAAGACACCAUUAUCGCAAUCAGCGUGGCAGAUCUCCCUGAAAGGAUAGUUAAGCUCGGUCCCUUGACGAUAGUUGAUUGGAAUGCCACCUCAGUCACACUUUCCGUGCAGACAGUCAAGCCUCGCAUUAGACCAGACAGAACCUAUUGGAUGGUCGGUCUCUCAAGAGACAUGGGUCUUUCUCUUGCUGACUAUCUGAUCGAUAACGGCGCGAAACAUUUGGUCAUCACCAGUAGAAGCCCUCACGUCGACCCGACAUGGCUCGCGAAUGCAGAGCGUAAAGGAGCGAACGUCCGUAUUAUCAGCUGCGACGUCACCGAUUUCAACUCGCUCAAGAACGCAUUAUCAGACGUUGAACGCUCCAUGCCGCCUGUUGCAGGAGUCGCACAGGGGGCUAUGGUGCUCCGUGAUGUUCUUACACGCGAGAUGAAACUAGAAGAGCUGAACGACGUUCUUCGACCCAAGGUGGAUGGCAGCCUGAACUUGGACCGUCUCUUCAGCAGCCACAAACUGGAUUUCUUUGUCUUCUUCUCCUCCGCGGCAGCCAUCACUGGCAACGCAGGUCAAGCAAACUAUGCAGCGGCAAACUUUUUCAUGAUGAGUCUGGCCAAGCAACGCCGUGGUCGUGGACUUCCAGCCUCCGUCAUGGAUCUUGGUCCUAUUCUAGGUACGGGCUAUGUCACGCGUGAGAUUGCGCACGAGCUUGCUCGACCGCUCCAGGAGCGUGGUCUCAUGGCUUUGUCCGAGCGCGACAUUCAUCAAAUCUUCGCCGAAGCUAUCAAUGCAAGCACAGCUGAAAGUGAUGGCGAAGAAGCACAUAUGACCACAGGCUUGACAUCACUUCCGGCCACGGCACCCAAUCGUCCUCUUUGGUAUAACUAUGCUCAAUUCGGUUGUUUGACUGUCCGCGACAGCCAGGAUUCCUCGCACACCACCGACACUCAAGCUGGACUGUCGAUUAAGGACAGAUUGGCAGCAGCUAAUAGUAGCGAGGACGUAGAGGUAGUGAUCAGAGAAUCAUUUAUCGAGGAAAUGAGGAACAUGCUUCAUCUUUCCGAAGAUUAUGCCAUCACUCCGGCAGUUCGCACCGAUGAGCUAGGUCUUGACUCCUUGGUUGCAGUCCGUAUUCGGUCUUGGUUCUUGAAGCACUUCCAAGUCAACAUUCCCGCGCUCAGAAUCAUGAAAGGUGCAGCGUUGCAGGAACUCGUUGACUUUGCCGUCACGGGCACUCCUACAGAACUCACUCCCUUGCUAGCACCUCCUGCGCCAAGCGAAGAGCAAAUUUCUGCUGAAGACACCACGGUCCCAUCGAGCACCCAGGUUUCAUCUGGGUCGUCUGGGUCAUCCUCGGACGCCGGCGAAACAACGAACACGACGGUGCAGAACUCUGUCGCGGAUCUCAAGCUCGAGAAGUCAGGGGAAGAUAGUGCACCCCAGCCGGAAGAGCUAAACUUGACAAGGUUCGGACGCCUCUCCUACACCCAAUCAUCCUUCAUGUUUGUUCAUGAAUUACUGCCAGAUAAAACGACUCUAAACAAUACAGGGAUGGUAGCUCUUAGAGGAGAAUUGCGAAUGGUCGAUCUCGGAAAAGCCGUGCAGGCAAUCGGUGAGCGACACGAAAUCCUCCGGACAUGUAUCUGCGUACGUGACGGCCGCCUCGUUCAAGGGGUUGUGGAUAAACCAACGUUGAAGUUGGAGUACAAACGUAUACGUACACGGCAGGAUCUUGACGCUGAGUACGCGGCUCUUAGGAACCAUGCGUUUGAUCUAGCCAGCGGGCAGAAUACUCGGAUGAUCAUCUUUUCGCACUCCGCCCGCGAUCACUAUUUCGCGUUGUCGACUCAUCACAUGUUCUUCGAUCGUGCGAGCACCGACAUCUUCAUGGCAGACCUGGAACGAAUUUAUAAUAAGCAAAAGCCAACGGUUGUCUCACCGCUCCAAUACUUGGACUUCGCGGAAGACCAGCAUACUGAGGCUGUUGAGGGACGUUUUAACAACGCACUUGCAUACUGGCGGACGGAGUUCGAGACACUGCCAGAGACACUUCCACUUCAUCGCAGCAAGGUUGCUACACGCAGUCCAAUGGAACAAUACAAGUCAUGGACACCCGAGCUCCGUAUUGAUCCAACAUUAGCUGCUAAAGUACGUCAGAUCGCGCGCAAGCACCGGUCGACGCCAUUUCACUUCCAUCUCGCAGCCAUACACGUUCUUCUGUUCCGUUGGCUUGGUACUGAAGACGUCUGCAUUGGGAUGGCUGAUGGUGGGCGACGUGAUGAGCAGGGCUGGUCAGCUCUGGGGCCCUUCCUGAACAUGUUGCCUUUGCGUCUUCGAUCAUCAGCACAGCAAGUGUUCAGCGACUCAAUUGUGCAAGCACGCGACAAGGCUCACUCAGCUCUCAACUCGGCGGUUCCCUGGGAGAUGAUACUGGAUGAGCUCAAUGUCGAGCGACCUGCCACACACUCGCCAAUCGCGCAAGCGUUCAUUAACUACGCGGAGACAAGUGUUGAAAGCGGAAAAUCUUUCCUGGGUUGUGACAUGAAACUACUUGUGGAGGAUCAAGCUGAGAUGCCCUACGAUUAUGCAUUUACCAUCAUCAAUAAUACUGCCGGCGAAACGCGAAUUGUUCUAAAUGUGCAAAAAUCUCUGUAUUCGGAAGACGACGCAACACUGUUAGCUCAUGGCUAUGAAGACAUCAUCCGAGAAUUUGCAGCCGCACCCGAAAGUGCAGUCGGCAGUACCUUCAAAUUUCGGGAGGUAGCUCUGCAGGAUGCCAUUCGUCUGGGACCAUCAUUCACGUCCAGCUGGCCUCAGACCUUGUCACACCAAUUCGAUGAGAUCUCGCACACCAUUCCUGAAAAGGUCGCUGUCACUGAUGACGAAGGCCAUGCAAUGACUUAUCCUGAGCUCAGCCGCUGCGUUGACCACAUUGCAUCCGCACUGCUGGUUCGUAAUAUCAACCCCGGGGACAGAGUCGCUGUCUUUCAGCACCCGUCUAUCUACUGGGCCGCAUCUGUGCUUGCAAUCCUCAAAGUUGGAGCGGUCUACGUCCCUCUUGACGCUGCCACGCCUGUCGCACGGCUAUCCCUCAUCGUCAAUGACAGCGACCCUGCAGCCAUACUGGUCCACGAGCAGACCAAAGAACUGUCAGGAUCACUGCGUCCAGCUCAAGAAUUACCAAUUAUCGACGUCUCCAAUCUUAAUGAAGAGCCGAAAGAUGCUCUACCCAUCUUAGCCACCCCUGAAUCAGCAGCGAUCAUCCUGUACACAAGCGGCUCAACAGGAACUCCAAAAGGUGUUGUGUUGUCACAUGCAAGUCUCAAGCAUGAGUUCGACCAUUGCGCAGCAACAUAUGGACUGGGUCCAAGGGACGUCGUCCUUCAACAAAGCGCUUGGAGUUUUGACUUGUCCGUCACUCAACUCUUCAUGGCCGUGACGGUCGGGGCUCGAUUACAUUCAGUAUCUCACCUCGUCCGACCUGACGCGCGCCGCAUUUCAGAUCUCAUUCAACAAGAAGGCAUUUCUACUACAUAUGCUACCCCGACCGAAUAUCGAGGCUGGCUGAGACACCAACAGUCAUUGAAAGAUGCUCCGUCGUGGAAUCUUGCCUUGGUCGCGGGCGAAGCAGUUACCGAACCUCUGCUGGAGAUGUUCCGCGACCUUGAACGACCUGAUCUACGCCUUUUCAAUGUUUACGGACCUACAGAAACAUGUUGCGGUUCUACCAAAUUUCAACUCGACUACAAAACACGAGCAGUUUAUGGAAGUGUUGUACCUGUUGGCCCAGCAUCCGCCAAUGAAUGUUUUUACAUCGUCGACGAGGGCCUGAAUCUUCAACCAGUGGGCCAAAGUGGUGAGAUUCUCAUUGGAGGGGUUGGAGUCGCUCUGGAAUAUCUCAACAAUCCUGAACGUACUGCAGCUUCUUUCCUUGAGGAUGGAUUUUCAACCCACCCUGAUGUCUUUGGAGGAAGGAAAACAGCCAUGAUCUACCGAACUGGAGACGUGGGAUUUCUGCAGUCGGAUGGUACGCUUGUUCUCAAAGGACGGAUCGGCGGCGAUACAGAGAUCAAAUUGAAUGGGGUCCGCAUUGAUCUACAGGACAUCGAGCAGACAGUACUUCGUGCUUCUCUGGGCCGGCUAUCUGACGCUGUGGCAUCCCUCCGCACUACAUCAACCGGCGCUGGAAAGUACAUGGUUGUGUUCGUUAUCUGCUCAUCUUCUGUAGAUGAUGGCGACCGCGAUGCAUUCGUUGCAAAUCUACUGCGCAACCUGCCCCUUCCACGGAACAUGCUACCAUCGACAAUCAUCCCAGUGCAAAGUCUUCCUCGGACCCUAGCCGGUAAACUGGAUAGGAAGGCUGUAGCCGAUAUCCAAUUCGCGUCACAGUCGAACCACGACGUUACACUCGAAAAGUCAACAAUGACUAAGAACGAAGAAAGGUGUCGCGAUCUUUGGACCUCCGUCAUACCAGGUGAUGUGUCAAGUCUUCAUAGAAUAACCAAAGAUUCUGAUUUCUUCAGCGUGGGUGGCUCGUCAAUGCAACUGAUUGAGCUCCAACAUAAAUUCAGCGAAGAGCUUCAGAUCAAAGUUUCACUACUCGAACUCAUGAAAUCAUGUUCUCUGAGAGAAAUGGCUCGACUUCUUGGCGGUGAAAGCGUCGAUCAAGCGCCAGAUACGUCGAGCAACGAGAUCGAUUGGGACGCUGAGACGAGCCUGGAUCCUGGUUUGGAUGCUGCGUUUAGCACAGUCACUGAACCACAACUUCAUGGGAUCCAACCUGUUUCCAACCCGCCAAGUACAAUCAUCCUCACCGGGGCGACCGGCUUUCUAGGCCAGCAUAUUCUGCACUCCCUGCUCCAAGAUCCCAACAUCAACGCCGUGAUAUGCGUCGCCAACAGAUUGUCGCCGGCCCGCAAAGCACUAUUUUCCGACCUGAGCGCAACAUACCCAAACAAAACCAUCGAAGCCCUUGAGGGCGACUUGCGUUCUCCACUCCUCGGCUUGGAAUCAUCUCUUGCGACCCGCAUUUUCGACACCGCCGACGCCGUCAUCCAUAACGGCGCCGAUGUUUCGCAUCUGAAGACCUACCCGCUUCUUCGUGCCGCAAACGUCGAGAGUACAAAGAUUCUCACACGUUUAUGCGCCCCGCGCCGCAUUCCACUCCAUUACAUCUCCACUGCUGGCGUCGUCAUGUACAGCGGCACAACCUCCAUCGUGCCAACCAGUGUGCGAAAUACACCGCCCCCGACGACCGGCACAUAUGGAUAUAUCGCGAGUAAGUGGGCAAGCGAAGUGUACCUCGAGCGUGCAACCAACGCAGCCAUGGCUGCAGGAUCCCGCAUGCCGGUCUUCAUCCAUCGCCCAAGUAGCAUCCUGCGCCCCGAAGACGAGUCCCUGACAGAGGGCGAAAGUCCGGCGGCAGAUGUGCUUCAAAACAUGCUAUAUUACGCGCAACGCGUGCGCGCCGUACCGGAUGUACCGAGUUUGAGGAAGGGGUGGGUGGACUUGGUCCGUCCGGAAACUGUUGUAAGAGGGAUCAUGAGCGCGCUUGUCGACAGUACCGCAGAUGAAGAAAAAGGUAGUGUUGGUGGGCUGAGGUAUCUGUUUGAGAGUGGGGAUGAGGAGAUUCGCUUGGACGGGAUAAGUGACUGGAUUCAGAAGAAAGCAGGGGGAAGCAGAACGGAAGAAGUCGAAGAGAUUAGCCUCGGGGAAUGGAUUCGGAGGGCUGAAGAAGCUGGCUUGAGCGAGGGUAUGUCGGCGGUAUUCAGAGGCCUAGGCGAGGAGGCAGGACUGAGCUUUCCGCGACUGGCGAAGGCGUGA